AGGGGGGACAGGCCGGCGGAGGAAACGACCAGCAGCGGCUGAAGCAGCGGAGGAGGAGGAGGAGGAGGUUCACCUUCUGAAGCAAACAGGAAGCAGGACCGCGCUCCGGUUCACCUGUGAGACUCUCGUCCCGCCCGGAGAGAGAGAGAGAGAGAGAGAGAGACAGAGAGACAGAGAGAGAGAGAGACAGAGAGAGAGAGAGAGAGCGCUCCUCUCCUCUCCGCCGCGGCUGCGUCUUGUCACUCUCGCACUUCUUUUUCAAAUGAUUUCUCAUCGCGGAACUUCUUCUCUGUGGGGGAACACAUCCCAUGUAACUUCCAGCUGUACACACGUCCGCCCGGCUCCUUCUCCUUCGUCGACGACCUCGAAGCGGACAAUGACUAACUAACGAUGCAGUGUCCCAGAAGCUGUGCAGACGCCCCCAGCGAGGAGCAGCGGCACAGGGAAUAAGAGAAUUCAGGAAAGCGCAGGUCCCUAUGGUUGAGGUGGUGUGCGGUGCCCCUUGCCAUGCCUCCUGCCAUGACAGACCUCCUGGACAUAUGGGCGGCCCACUCGCCCCUGGCCGGACACGCUCCCGACCAGAUCCCUGUGGACUUUCUGCUGCCCACCGGUAUCUACAUCCAGAUGGAUGUUCCUCGUGAGGCCACCAUUCAGCACAUCAAACUGCUCUUAUGGAAGCAGGCUCAGACGCUGCCGUUCUUCGCCGCCCUGGGCGACAUGGAGAGCCACAUGUUCGAGUGCGUCAACCAGGCGGCCGUGCACGAAGAGCUGGAGGACGAGACCCGCCGGCUGUGCGACGUCCGCCCCUUCCUGCCGGUGAUGAAGCUGGUGAUGCGCAACUGCGGCCGAGCAGAGCGUCUGCUGGACUCCAAGAUCGGCGUGCUCAUUGGCAAGGGCCUCCACGAACUCGAUGCCAUGAACGACCAGGAGGUGAAGGAUUUUCGCAGCAAGACGUUUCGCAUCAGCGAGGAGAGGAUGCAGGGAGUCCAGAUGAUGACGUGCACCGAGUGGCUGCAGUCCUGCUUCUCCCCGCAGCUGGAGCCUGAUGUGGCCGACGGAGCCGCCGACUGGUCGGCCGACCUGAAAGUCAUCAUCCACUUCGAUCAGUCUCAGGACUCGGCCAGUCUGAAGGUGCCGUCGUCCUGCACCACCACGGAGCUGAUGGAGCUGGCCGUGAGGAAGUGGCUCACCACCCACGGCCCCGAGGAGGAGGCGUGGAGGAGCCAAUACGUACUGAGGCUCAGCCAGUGUCUGGAGUUCCUCUGUGGAAACCACCCACUGAUUCAGUACAAGUAUAUCCGCACGUGCGUGCAGGCCAAGGAGUCUCCCCACCUCACCCUGGUCCACAACAGCACCGUCAAAGCCCUGUUCGACAAGGAACUCUCUACCAUCGGAGCUGUGGUCAGCCGCAAGUCCUCCAACCCACCUUUACCACUACCUCCGAAGAGAAGGGUUCCUACGCAAGUACAGACGUGUGUGUGGGACAUGUCGAGCCCAUUCAAGAUCGUCCUGGUGAAUGCCAGCAAGGUGAACGCAGAGGAGACUGCCAAGGUCCAGGUGAGAGCGGGGCUGUUCCACGGCACAGAGGUCCUGUGCAAGACGGCGGUGAGCAGCGAGAGCAGCGGGCGUUCGGACCACACGUGGAAGGAGAGCACGCUGGAGUUUGACAUCCCCGUCUCUGACCUGCCGCGCAUGACCCGCCUCUGCUUCGCCAUCUACGCCAUCAUGGACAAGGUCAAGAAGCAGAAGUCGACCAAAAACACGCACAUAAACAAGUACCAGACCAUCCGCAAAGCGGGGAAAGUGCACUACCCCAUAGCUUGGGUCAACACAAUGGUGUUUGACUACAAAGGCCAACUGAAGACCGGAGAUAUCAACCUGCACUGCUGGUCUUCCUUUCCUGAUGAACUUGAAGAGAUGCUGAACCCCAUAGGAACCAUUCAGACCAACCCAUACACGGAGAACGCCACCGCGCUGUACAUCCACUUCCCAGAGUACUCGUCGCACCCCGUCAUCUUCCCUCCCUUCGACAAGAUAUUGGAAAAAGCUGCAGAGAUUGCCGGAGCGAGCGACUGUUUUCCCGCGGGCCGCGGCGGUAAGAAGUUCCACAUCGAGCUGAAGGAGAUCAUGGAGCGUGACCCGCUCUCCCAGCUGUGCGAGAACGAGAAGGACUUGAUCUGGACACUACGCUGGGACUGCCUAGUGAAUUUCCCUCAGUCGCUGCCCAAGCUGCUACUCUCCGUCAAGUGGAGCAAACACGAGGACAUGGCCCAGCUGCAGGCACUCCUUCAGAUGUGGCCCAAACUGAGUCCCAGAGACGCUCUGGAGCUUCUGGACUUCAACUACCCCGACCAGUAUGUCAGAGAAUAUGCUGUGCGCUGUCUGCGAGAUAUGAGUGACGAGGAGCUGUCGCAGUACCUGCUACAGUUGGUGCAGGUGUUGCGUUAUGAGCCGUACUAUGACUGUGCCCUCACCCACUUCCUGCUGGAGCGUGCGCAGGGGAACCGCAAGAUAGGACACUUCCUCUUCUGGCACCUGCGGUCGGAGAUCCACAUGCCGGCAGUGUCAGUGCAGUUUGCCCUCAUCCUGGAAGCCUACUGCAGAGGCAGCAUCCCUCAUAUUGAGGUUCUAAAGAAGCAGGUGGAAGCCCUGAGCAAACUUAAGUCGGUCAAUGAGCUAAUAAAGCUGGGACCCACCAAAAACGCUCGCAGUAAGACGAAGGACGCCAUGUUGACCAAGGAGGCCAUGAUGACUUGUCUGAGGCAGAGCGGCUACUCUGAGACUCUGUCGGACCUGCACUCCCCUCUGAACCCCAGUGUGCUGCUGUCGGGCAUCAAUGUGGAGCGGUGUCGGUACAUGGACUCGAAGAUGAAGCCGCUCUGGAUUGUUUACAACAACAAGUUGUUGGGGGGAGACACCCUGGGCAUCAUCUUCAAGAACGGAGACGACCUGAGACAAGACAUGUUGACGCUGCAGAUUUUGAGGUUGAUGGAUCUGCUGUGGAAGGAGGCGAAUCUGGACCUCAGAAUCGUGCCGUAUGGUUGCCUAGCGACGGGCGACCGGUCCGGGCUGAUCGAGGUCGUUUCCUCGGCGGACACGAUCGCCAACAUCCAGCUGACCAGCAGCAACGUGGCCGCGGCCGCGGCCUUCAACAAGGACGCGUUGCUCAACUGGCUGAAGGAGAGAAAUACUGGCGAUGCUCUUGAACGGGCCAUCGAGGAGUUCACUCUGUCAUGUGCAGGCUACUGUGUAGCCACCUACGUCCUGGGCAUCGGAGACCGCCACAGUGACAACAUCAUGGUCCGCAGCACUGGACAGCUCUUCCACAUAGACUUUGGCCACAUCCUGGGCAACUUCAAGUCCAAGUUUGGCAUCAAGAGGGAGCGCGUGCCGUUCAUCCUCACACACGACUUCAUCCACGUCAUACAGCAGGGCAAGACGGGAUACACAGAGAAGUUUGGCAGUUUCCGUCAGUACUGUGAGGAGGCCUAUCUAAUCCUGAGGAAGAACGGGAACCUCUUCAUCACUCUGUUUGCCCUCAUGUUGACUGCUGGACUGCCUGAGCUCACCUCGGUCAAAGACAUCCAGUACCUAAAGGAUUCGCUGGCUCUGGGUAAAACGGACGAAGAGGCGCUCAAGCAGUUUCGCCAGAAGUUCGACGAGGCCCUGAGGGAGAGCUGGACAACCAAAGUCAACUGGAUGGCUCACAAUGUGGCCAAAGACAACCGGUCCUAGAGCAGCCACAGUACUACCCCCCCUGAGAGGGUGACGGGGGUUCAGGGGCCAAGAAGGGACACGGUGACAAAGAGUGUGUGAGUGUGGAGGGAGGCAGAGGAAAUGUGACCAUGGAGACAGGGGCCACAUAUAUUUAAAGAAGGGAAUCUAGCAGAAUAUCCCAAACAUGAGCAGAUUCACCACACUGUACAUACGGAGUAACGCUACUCUCAAGGGACUGGUCAGAUACCCUGCACCUUUACUUACUGCACCCCUCCUUCACCUUGCAUCACUCUGGUUCGGUGCCUCCGGAAAAGAAAAGAAAUCCAAAUUGACGGCACAUUUUGCACAGGCACAACAGCCGAUGGAGUGCGCGGCCAAAGGAAGGGAACUGAAGCACCCACUCUGCCCACACUAAAGACGAACGUGUCCCCUACAGAGCGGAGCGACGACAAAAAAAUCAUAUCUCGGAGAGUGGUGGGAUUUUCUUUCACACGGACUCUGGAAUCUCUUCUUGCAUGGUGACAUGGUGUGACCACGCCUGCCGCCCCCGGACUGUUUUAAGUACAGUGGAGAUAACAGAUGGGUGUGUUGGAAAGGGGCGGAAGACAAAAGACAAAAAACAAACCCCUUGUCUUAAACCGAUGUGCACAACGCCCGCAGGAAGUGCAUCUUAACGGUCUCGCCGCCUCGAAAUGUGCCUCCAGACUGCGAGAAGAUUGUAUUUUUUUAUUGUUUCUGUUUGCCAAUUUAAGAAUUUAUCCCGAGACGUCUACGUGCCAGACUUCUUCACAAGCCCACAAAAAAGAAACGCUUGUGUGAGGGAAAUAAAAUUAAAAAUUAAAAAAAAGAUUGAUUAGAGAGAAGCAGAAGAAAAGACGCCUUGAGCCUUUUGAUCCACUGUCUGAAUCUCAGUUCACGUGGAUCAUUCAACACUGGAAUGUCUUUGUUUUUUUAGAAAGACCUUUAUUUCAAAUUGUAUCGUUAGAUUCCUUAAAUCCGAAAUUUGUCUCUUUCAAAUGUAUUCACAUCAGAGCAAUAUUGGACAACGGCGUGAUCACCUGCGAGUUAUCACUUCCCCCACAAGAGCGUGUCCAGCCUUUUAAAGCGCCCGCCCCCAAACCAAGACGAGUAAACGCCCUGAGAAAUAACUGAUGCUUUUAACACGUUAGGACCAAAAUGUUUUAGCGUUUGUAUGUGUUUAAACUUGUGGUUUUUUUAAUGAUCUGCUUCUGAAUUGAAUGUGCAAACGUGCCGCUCUUUUUUUUUUUUUUUUAAGUAUUCGUUUUUAUACGAGCAGGUGUUUGGGCGGGGGUCUGGGGCCUGUGUGUGGCGGGGGUUUCUCAGUAGGGACAAUACACUGCAAUGCAAAGCUACUUCCCUGUUUCCUCGUACGGUGUUUGAUUUAUUUUCUUCUUUUUUUUGUGCAAUAUCCGAGUAUAUGAACCAUAUGUUAUUAUAUUAAACCUUGAGCACAGGCUGAAGCCUGUACUGGUUUCGUCGGUCGGUGUACGUGCGAUGCAGCCGACUGUUUCGAACCGCUCGCCUUCAAAUGUCUCAGACACUGGAUAUUGUCAAAUGUAUAGGCUUUUUUUUUUUCUUUUCUUUUUUUUGCUGUAUUUUGUUUUCAUAGGAGUUUUAUUAAAGUUAUUUUCCACUUGG